AUGAUACCUCUGGGCCUGUGGGCUUCGACCUUCAGCCUCUCGAAUGUCAACACUACCGCUGAUGGAAUGUACCAUAUUGCCACUAACUGCUCUCUCCUACACCCUGGUCUUGAGAAUCUCUCUGGGACUUUGGCGGAGCUUUGGACUUCCUUAACUGGAGCUGCCAUGCAGUGGCUGUCACGCCCAGAUGUUCUCGCGAUUAUCACUGCUUGGUGGAUUACCUUUACCGUCGUCGUGACGAUCUGCCUUUGCCUUGGGUUUGGAUCUGGCGGAAUCGUCGUUGGCUCGCUGGCUGCUGCAUUUCAAUCGUUUAUGUAUGGCGGAUUCACUCCAGCUGGAGGCAUCUUUGCCACGUUGACAAGCAUGGCUAUGCUUGGCACUUUUCUGCUGCCAGUCGUGUUGCUCGGAUGUAUCAUUGCAACUGGCGUCGGUGUGGCCGUGUGGAGACUCGGCUAUGGGAUACCUUGA